GAGAGGGGGAGUGAGAAAGACCAGAAGAACAAGACAGAGCAUGCCUGAGCUGCAUCUGAAGUUUGUUCCUAACAUAGUUUGACUUCUCCUCACUCCUUGAGAUAUGAGACUCGCAGACUAAACACAUGUGUCUUUAACAGCUGAUUUAUUAGAUUAUCAGCCUGGUCGCGAUGAGUGUGUCUGCAGCGUCUGCAGGGACGGGAGUGUUUGUGCUCUCCUUGAUGUCCAUCCCCAUCUGCUAUUUAUUUAAUUCCCUCAUAGCCAACAGCGCUCAAGCUUUCAUCUUCGCUGGGUGUUCAACAGUCAUCAUCAUCCUGUCAAUUGCACAUUUUAUGUUCAAGAAGAAGGCUCCAGCAGAUCCUCUUUUCUAUGUGUAUGCAGUGUAUGCCUUCUUCAGUGUUGUGAAUCUGAUAAUUGGGUUGGAGCAGGACAACAUCAUUGAUGGAUUUGUGACAUUUUACCUCAGGCAGGCAGAUCCACAUAUUAACACAGCACAUGGGCACAUGAUCUCCUACUGGGAUGGCUGUGUUCACUAUCUCAUGUAUCUGCUCAUGAUUGCUGCGAUUACUUGGGGGGACAGUUACCGAGCCAUUGGUCUCUACUGGGUGGGAUCUUUUCUCAUGCGUGCCAUAGUCUACAUUCUUGGGAGUACUGUGGGAAAGCAUGGAACCGAAGUUAAUUAUUUCUUCCUCCUCCACAUGCUAUACAUCUCGGUGUCUAUUUGGGCCUGCUUCCGCAUCUUCAGUCAGCCCUCCACACAGGAAGAUGAGUUGGCUGAGGCUGAACAAAAAAGUUUACUACACAGACCUCUGGACUUACUGUUCAUCAUCUACCUCGUCCCUGCUUUCGCUUUCUGUGUCUUCAGAGGCCUGGUUGUUCUGGACUGUUCCAGCACAUGGUGUCAAGAGUACACACAGCAGUACGAGCCUUACCUGAAAGACCCUACUGCCUAUCCUAAAGCACAGAUGCUGGUGGGCAUGCUGUACUCUGGACCGUACUACAUCAUUACUCUCUACGGGCUGAUGGUCCCUGGAUGUGAGUGGAUGCCGGACCUGACUCUGGUGCACUCUGGAGCUCUGGCACAGGCCCAGUUCACUCAUAUCUGUGCAUCACUUCACACACGGACACCGUUCUCAUACAGAGUGCCUGCUGGCGGCCAGCCUGUCUUCUUGCUGGUCAACAUCCUGUACGCUCUGAUGCCUCAGGCUCUGUGCUACCGCUGCCGCACCAGGCCUGCCUUCUUCCUCAGGCCAACGCCAGAUAAAAAGACUGAUUGAAAGAGAGGCGUGAGAGUUCCAGGGAUGUCAAUGAUGCCUAAAUAAAAGGAUUGCAAAGUA